CUUUACAGGUGUGGCAACGCUCGAGGCAAUAGGGCAGCCAUUUUUUUCACGCUUUGUAAAAAGUUUUUUUAAAAGUCGUGGAAACCGCAGAAAAGUCAACAAAAUAGCGCUUGACCAGUGUCAAACGAUAGUGUGGACCAACCAAAGUAUGCAAAACUAAAGAUUGUGUGUGCGCGCCGUGAGUGAACCGAACAAUCGAACAUGGAAACAGUGGUUGCCUUUAACAAUGAGCUCUCCGGACUCUAUGACAGCCGGCCGCCCAUUUCCAAGGCCAAGAUGGCCGCCAUCACCAAGUCGGCGAUGCGGGCCAUCAAGCUGUACAAGCACGUCGUUCAGAGCGUGGAGAAGUUCAUUCUGAAGUGCAAGCCGGAGUACAAGGUGCCCGGCCUGUACGUGAUCGACUCAAUCGUGCGCCAGUCGCGGCACCAGUACGGCAUGGACAAGGAUCUGUUCGCUCCGCGCUUCCAGCGCAACCUCACGGAGACCUUUGCCAACUUGUUUCGCUGCGCUCCGGAGGACAAGAGCCGCAUCAUCCGUGUGCUGAACCUGUGGCAGAAGAACAACGUCUUCAAGUCGGAGGUGAUCCAGCCGAUCUUUGACCUAGCGGACCCCAACCAUCCGAUCUAUCACCAGAUGCCGCCGGUGGGCGUUGGUGGUGGACAGGGUGGCGGAAAUGGUCCCGGUCCCAGCAGCAGCGGAGCCCUCACCCUGGCGGACAUAUCCAGUGGACCGAACGGACUCAACAGCUCCGCCAUGGAGCUCAGCAUGAACAGCUCCGUGGGCGAGGAUAAGAUGGGCGGGGCCAUGCCCGACUUGUCGCUGGGCCACGAGAAGUUUAGCGGUGGCAGCAGCAGCUCGAAGCGCCACUACUCGGAGCAGCACUACUCCAAGCGCCAGUCGGGGGCAUCGUGCUCGUCCAAGUCCAGCAAGUCGCAUCAUCACAAGCGGGAGUACGUCAAGAGCUCGCACGACCUUGACUACCAGGUGCGGGAGAUCAUCGAGGACGAGGAUGAUGGCAUGCAGAUGAUGAUGGCCGAUGACCACCACUGCAUGGGCGACGACUCACCGCCGACCUCAUCCAAGCUGUUAGACGACAACAACAUCAAGCAGCUGCUGAAUGAUCCCAAUGUGCUGCGGCAACUGCAGACGAUUCAGAACUUCCACAAGUUCAAGCAGCAGGAGGAGAACCAGAAGCAUCGCUAUCCGGACGAAGCAUUGCAACAGCAUUUCCAGAACGUAAUGAAGGGAAAUGCUGGUAUGCCGCCGGGCAUGGGAAUGGGCAUGGGCAUGGGCAUGAACAUGAACAUCAACAUGAACGACAGCAUGGACCUCAACAAGGAUGUCGAGUUUGUAUCGGAGCAACAGACCAUUGAGGUGAUCAAUCUGGAUGGAGCCGAUUCACGCAGUCCGACGCCAGACCGCGAUCGCUACAAGCGUAACCGCAGGAGUAGUCGCACCCGCUCGAGAUCUCCCCGUGGACGUGGAGCUGGAGGUGCCGGAGGAGGUGGAGCCGGCAACGACCGACGGCGACGCAGCUCUCGCUCCCGAUCGCGCAGCCGAUCACCCCGCUCCAGCCGUCGUCGAGGAUCGCGGGACCGGGAGCGCAUGGACCGGAACAACCGGGACAAGGAGAGGGAUCGCGAGCACGAGCGAGAGCGACGCAAGAAGGGAUUGCCGGACAUCAAAAAGGAGCACCUCAGUGUGUGCAGCACUACGUUGUGGGUGGGCCACCUCUCCAAGCUGGUUUACCAGGAGGAGCUGUCUGACACCUUCGGCGAGUAUGGCGACAUAGUGAGCAUCGACCAGAUUGUGCCGCGCGGAUGCGCCUUCAUUGUAAUGAAUCGGCGCCAGGACGCCCACAAGGCCAUGCAAGCGCUGAAAAACCACAAACUGCAGGGACGCGCCAUCACCAUCUCGUGGGCGGCCGGCAAGGGUGUGAAAAGCAAGGAGUGGAAGGACUUCUGGGAUCUAGAGCUGGGUGUCACCUACAUUCCUUGGUCCAAACUUAGUCCGGAUACGGACUUUGACGCCCUGGAGGAGGGUGGCAUGUUUGACGAGGACACCAUGCCCAUCCAAAUGAAGCAGAAGAUCAACCAAGCAAAGAAUGCCGGCAAGGACAAUAAGGGUCCAUCUGCUGCGGAGGCAGCUGGUGCGCCGGGGGUUGGUGUUCCACCACCAGGUCUGAUCUUUGGCAUCGAUACGACUCAACCACCGCCGGUUGGGCCAGUUGGCCCGGUGGGCCCACCACCUGGUCCUGGAGCACCACCUCCUCCGGGACUAUUGGGCAUGGUUAGGGGACAAUUCCCGAUGGCCCCACCCAUGGGCAUCAAUAUGCCGCCGCCCAUGAUGAUGCCGCCAACAAAUAUGCCGCCACCAAUGAUGAUGCCAACGACCAAUAUGCCUCCUCCGAUGAUGAUGCCACCGGCCAUGAUGCCGCCUGUCUUUCCAGGCAUCGGGGGACCACCGCAUCCUAUGGGCUUGCCACCCGGAGCUCCGUUCCCACCACCUGGAGCCGUGCCACCGCCCAUGCCCAGCGUAGGGCAGUCGUCGGCCAAUAGUGGCAACGUGAGCGAUGAUCAAAUGGACAUUGAGAUGGAUUUGGAGGAUGCCCCACCUCCGCCGCCGCAGCCGCAAGUUAACUUUAAUCCGUCGCCCAACAAUGUUGAGCUGUCACCAGCGACCUUGUCUAACGAGAUGUUCCAACAACGGGACAGAGAGCGAGACCGGGAGAGGGAUCGCUCUCGAGGCCCGGGAAGCUCUCGUUGGGGCGGACGAGAUGAUGUCGUCGAAGCGGCAGACCGUUGGCGCGCCGAAAAUGGUGGCGGCGGAGGUGGUCCAGGACCUGGCCCUGGCCCUGCACCUGGACCUGGACCAAAUGCUGCCUUCAACGAGGCACGAGCGCGACUCAACUUAAAUCCUAUUGAUCACGGAAUGCCAAGGCCGGACUUUAUGGAUUUUGACAAUCGCGGUGGACCACCGGGUGGACCUCGGGGAAUGGGACCACGUGGAAACCACAACGGCGGCCCUGGAGGCGACUUUUUCCCGCCCAACAUGAAUCACAAUCGAUUCAACCAGCCCACCAGCCUGAUGCAGAUGCGCAUCCCACCACCGGCCUCCUUUAACCAGCGCAUGGGCGGUCCACCUGGUAAUGGUGGCAACGGCGGUGGUCCCAUGUUCAUGCGGAACCAAGGAGGAGGAGGUGGUGGUGGACCAGGAGGUGGGGGACCCAACGGCGGCCCAGGUGGACGACAGCAGGGACCAGGUUUCUUUAAUCCUCGGAAUCCCUUCAAUGACAACCAACGCGGACGUGGUGGCCAAGGCGGUGGCGGAGGCCGUGGCAUGGGCGGCGGUGGCCCUGGCGGACGCGGACGUUGGAGCGACGAUGAAGACGAGGGCGGAAACAACUUUAAGCGGCGUGGUGGUCCAGGUGGGCCUGGCGGUAAUCGAUUCCGUGGCGAUCGCGGCGGCGAAAUGGUGGACGAUCGUCGCGGUAACAAUCCAAGAGGCGGUCGCGGAGGACCGCGCGAAGAUCGGGAACGUCCAGGCUUUGGAAACAGACGCGGCUCACGAGACGACAGCAAUCGUCAUUCAAUUAGCUCCACGGACGAUGGCAGCAAACCAACUCCGGAGCCUGAGUCCCGGCCGAAAAAUGUUGGAGCUGCAUUAGCUAACGCCAACACGGGAGCGCCCCCUACGAACACUAGGGUGGACACCGAGGAGGACUGGGAUCAGGAGCUUCAGGACUACGAGGCGAGAAUGGAGGCCCAGAAGCCUAGUGAAAAUGCUUCUCAGUCCGCGAACAGUCCGCCACAGGAUAAGGUUCCUGCUGAGAAGCAAAACUUUGCCAAGCCAGCUGACGUGUCUAGCGAUUCCUCUGUUCAGAAAUCCCAAACGGAUGCUUCAGCCGCCUGCACGCCCCUGUAUGACGAGCUGCCACCGCCAGCGGUUACCCAGGCCCAAGCUCAGCCCUCGAGGGAAGCUUCUCCGCCCCGUCCGGAGCCGCAAGUCAUUCACACAGAGGCUGCGCCCAAAGAGGAAUCGGUUCCAGCGCCGGCUGCUGUUCUCCAAACGGAGGCUCCAUCUGCGGAGGAACCCAAGACACAAGCUGCUUCCGCCGAUGUCGCAAGCGAAGCCGAUGCAUAGGCGACAGACAGAUCAACAAGGAAACAAACGCAUCUUUGAGCAAAUUCAAGAGAAACUGUAAUUUAUGAUUUUCCUUACCAAGUAACUUAAGUGUAACUCCAUACAUGCAAAAAUUUUACCAUUUUUAACCUGAGAUUACGCAGCAUUUGUUGACUAAAGUGGGGCGGUCGCUUUUAAAAUCAGAUUCAGUUCACUUCGCGUAAUUUAACUUAUCGUACAAUAGGAACCACAACUACCAAGGACUACGUGGAGCAACAGAUACACACACAGAUAUAG